UCUCAGUGUGCUGUUCGCACUUGUCUAUUUCUAAACAUUGACUGAGAACGUCACACCUCAGCAACGUCGUAAUCAAUUACUGUAGCAUACCACGGCACGAGGUACCCAUCAACAUUACCAUUGGCUUGGAAACGAUAUCAUCGCCAGCAUCAGCGUCCUCAACUGCUCUCGAAUGAAGUAACUCUAUGGUGCCCACCUCUAAAAUUUAUCCGUGUUUAUAGUAGCGGCAGCAAGCGCCGUUACGCGAGUGGGCUAGCGCGAAAAAUUUUCUACAGGCGACAUCGUUGCUUUGAGGGGCGAGGGUCAACGAGCCGAACGGUGAGGGUGGCUUAGUUGGUGUUCUCGCGCGUAGUCAAUAAUAACCAGACGGUAGUGCAUAUUGCGGGCACCGGGAGCUGAUGUAUAAGAGACUGGCUGUGAAAAGUGAAGAUCAACAUACUGUGCAGUGGUCGCGCAACUGCCAUCGGUAAUAUUGCACCUCACAGCGAACUUCAAUGCGAUCGAAUUUGGCGCUCCAACUGUUGAUGUUCAGAACAAUUGUUCGAUAAACCCAACUUUUCCGAGUAGAUUACGGAUUUAGGUGACUUCAUCGAUACUUUUUAUGAGUGUAUGCGUGUGUGUGAAAACGGGUGAUCAAGUGCUAGCCAUUGGAUUAACUGUAGUGAGCUAAAACUGACACAUAAAUAUUAGAAAACAUUGUGCCAGUGUCAGCCGUGUUGAAUAAAUUCAGGAUGAGUUCCGGGUGGAAAAACAUGUCGGGAAUUCUCGGCAAAUGGAAACACAAAAAGCUUUCGGAAGAAUGGUCGACCACUCCGGGGGCAAAGGAGCCUGUGCAGGAGGGAGUUACUUUCUAUCUCAAAUACCUUGGAUCUACUUUCGUUGAAAACGCGAAGGGAGAGGCAUCCACUGCGGAGGCGAUUAAAAAGGUAGUCGCAUUGGCCAAAGCCGGCGGUAAGAAGCUUAAACGUGUUGCUGUGUGCAUAUCACCAAACGGCAUUCAGACGAGGGAGAUGCCUUCGGAAGAGCUUCACCUUGAUGUUACCAUCUACAGGAUCUCAUAUUGUUCGGCGGACGCGACCUAUGAGCGAGUGGUUGCAUUCAUAGCAACAAACAAAAAUGAACUAAUGGAGUGCCAUGCCUUCCUCUGUUCAAAGCGACGCGUGGCGCAAGCUGUAGCACUAACGAUUUCGCAAGCGUUCAAUCUUGCCUUCGAACUGUGGAAGAAAUCCCGACAGGAUGCAGAGAAGGGUAACGCGGUCGAAGACGACAAGAAGGAGAACAAGACUCAAGAUGACAACCUGCCUCCUCUCAUUGAUCUUUCGCCGGUAGCAGAUGUGAAGCCAGCACAGCCCUGGACAACGUUCGAGGACCAAAGUCAUGUGGAUGAGCUAUUCGCACAGCUUGGCCAAGAAAGUCAAUGUGGACAGCCGCUUGCAGAUAUCGACCGGGGAACGUUUCAGAAGCAGCAACAACAGAAUCAAUUGGCUUAUGAUGCACAUCACGAUCUGUUUAAUCUGUAAAGAUACACAGCAUUAUUUUCGUCUGAAUGGCGAUACGCAGUUUAAGUGAGGCCUCAAUGGCAUCAUUAAAGAGUCUCCGGCAGAAAUCAUACUAUUCGUACACGAAUCACUUAGCUCAUCAGUUAAUUAUCUCGAGAUCGAUUCGAAGCUUGUUUCACAUUCAGAUAUGAAAACAAUCGAUUCAUAGCAGAUUUCACUAGACGCUCACGAGCGCACCCUAGCUUCGAGUUACGAGAUAUUUUCUAGACUAAAAGACACAUACAGCUAUUGUAAGCUUCGGAAGCUGGUAACUUGACUGAGAUGCCUACCAAAAGACGUAAGAUAUACGAUCGAGAUGGGGUGAUGAAAAAAGUUUUUUCUCAACUUGCGCGCAUCUUUCACAGCCCAAUACACUUACGAUUUUGUUAAUAGACAUCAUAGACGAUUUUGAGUUGUUAAUGGCAAAGGAAUUUACCUUGUCUCUAAGAAUCUCCACAAGUAAUCAAUACAUCCUGUGAAUAGUUGAAUGUAUGGUUGUUUCACUCCAACUACAUUAAAUUAAUUUCUUUAUUAUAUUUAUAUUGUUGUUAUCCCGACAUCAAAUUAAGUCCGGUUCUGUGAGAGAAGAGCAGUAAUCAUAUAUAUAGAAGCUUCUUAUAAAUUCCAAACAGUUUUUCAAUGCAAGCUAAGGAUCGAUCCCGGCAUUUUAUCGUUAAGGAGCUCCGCCGAUACUCUGGCGAUACAUCAGUCCAUUUUAUAUAUUAUAUACUCUCUCUGUGUAUUUUGCUUUAAAACAAAAACAAACUUGUAAAUCAGUGACGUGCGGUCUCAUUAGUACCUACCUAAUAACAUGAUUUCUAACGACUUCUGACUUAACAUGAGUGCGGAAGCUGCCAAAAAAGAGAAAAACAUUUUCACUAUACAGGCGAUAGCAACAAAAAGAUUUUGUUCCGAAAAACAGACACUCGUUCACAUUUACGUAUGCGCACGAGUGCAUGUACUGCAGAAGAUUAUCUUUGAUUAUGUACACUGCAAAGUCCGAAUAGAAAACAAGGCAAUAUUUCAUAUAUUAUUUGAUUUAGAUAUAUUUUAAUAAUAUAAUAUUUACGGAUGGCGAUAAUGUAUCAUUAAUAUUAAAAAGGUAAAUGAUACAUUACGCUCUUCCAUUGACCUUGUCAAAGGAAAUAGCCACAUCGCUCUUUUAUUUUGAUUGAUUACACAGAAAAUGUGAGAUAAUAUGCUAGGUAUGUAGCAUUUAAUAGUGACAACCUAGGUACUGAGUUGAGUGAAAAGUUAUAAAAAAAAAUUCUUUUUUACACCCCACGAGCCUCUCAUGUAAUCGUGGAAAUAGAUAAUAAACGUGCAAGAACUGUUACUACAUUCCAGAGACGUUAUUCCAGAGAAAUAACGGUAGCAUCGGUGAUGAUGAUGGUGCUAUUCAUCAUGAUAAUAAAUAAUGGUAAUAUUAAUCUUUACUACUUUGUA